AUGAAGGCCACCACAUUCGCUUUGACAGCCUUCGCCGGCUGCGCAGCUGCUGCUGUCGCACCAUAUUACGGCAACGCGACCGCGUCUGCCGCCCCCUCCUUCGUUUACGCACCCGAUGUCUAUGUCACCCAGGUCGUCACUGCGUUGACGACUUACUGCCCCUCGGCCACCACCUUGACCUACAACUCCAAGACAUACACCGUCACCGAGCCGACCACUCUCACCAUCACCGACUGCCCGUGCAAGCACACCACCCCGGCCGCCAGCCUGCCCCAGGACAAGACCAUCACUGCCGUUGUCUCUUCGUUCACUACGGUCUGCCCCAGCCCAACCACCAUCGUUACCAAGAAGUCGACCUACACGGUUACUUCGGCCACCACCCUCACCAUCACCCACUGCCCAGGCGGAUGCACCGUCACCCAGCCCGUGAGCAUGGUCUACCCAACAUCCGCUCCACCAAAGAGCAGCGCCAGCGUGCCAAAGCCAUCUGCCAGCGUCCCACCCAAGAGCAGCGCCAGCAGCCCGCCAGCCAGCGUACCAAAGCCAUCGGGCAGCGUUGCACCCGUCAGCAGCAGCGUCGCGCCCGUCACCGUCACCAAGAUGGUCUCGCAAUACACGACCGUCUGCCCGUCCGCAACUACCUUCAGCGUGAAAGGCUCGACCUACACCGUCUCCUCCUCCACCACCCUGACCAUCACUCACUGCCCCGGUGGAUGCCCCGUUGCCAGCACCUACGUGCCACCCGUCCCUUCGGCAAAGAGCUCCUCCGCUGCCCCGGCUCCAUCGUCGCAGGCACCCUCCGUGAGCUCUGCCCCGGCUCCGGCUUCAUCGUCGUACCCACUCCCAUUGAGCUUUUCCGCAUCUCCCGCGCCAGCUGCAUCGCAGGACUGCCACGUGACUCAGAUCUCGUAGGUCAUCGCAUUGCCACCCUCCUGCCUCCCUCCAAGCUAAUAAUCUCCCAGUGACGGACAAGUUCAGGCCCCGAAGAGUUCUUGCCCAGCCUCUUCGCAGUCUGCCCCUGUUUCAUCCUCGGCAGCACCAAAGCCCGCCAGCUCUGCCCCUGCUCCGGCACCAUCAGCGAGCUCUGCUCCUGCUCCGGCACCAUCAGCGAGCUCCGCUCCUGCUCCAUCCUCAGCAGCCCCCAAGCCAGCGAGCUCCGCUCCUGCCGCUGUCCCAGCCUCAUCCGCCGCUGCUCCACCCUCGGCAGCACCAAAACCCGCGAGCUCCGCUGCUGCUGCUCCGGCACCAUCAGUGAGCUCCGCUCCUGCUCCCGCCCCGGCACCAUCCUCGCAAGGCCGCCCAGUCACCCAGAUCACGUAUGAAAUCCAUAUCCCCCUUUUCCCAUCAACUAAGGUAGCCAGCUAACCUCUCUUCCGCUAUAGUGACGGCCAGCUCCAAGUCCCCGCAUCUUCGAGCGCAGCAGCAGCCGUCCAGCCAUCUUCGAGCGCAGCAGCUGGCUCCUCCGCCACCCGCUCCGCCACUGCUGCUCCGGCCAAUUACACCGGCGGCGCGGCCGAGAAGGUCGUCGCGGGUGGAUCUCUCUUGGUUGCGGGGCUUGCCGCUGCUUUGAUGAUCUAA